CAGCAGCCUUGGUUUCGCUUGCUCUUCAGCGCCUCGCCCCUCCCUGCGCGGAUGAGAAAGCCAAGCGCAGCGGGGAGGGCAGCGCGGCGCAGACAGCCCUCGUCGGGACGUGCGAGCGCUGCUGUGCCUUGGAAGGCAUCCGUUCAGCACUGCUGGAGAGAGUAUAUUGGACCUUUGGACUGUCAGAACUUUGUUCUGUUCUCAGUUUUUUGAAGUACAUCAUUACUUAGUUCUAGGUCUAACCACACAUGGCUCCUGGUAUCUCAAAUGACAAGAAAACUGAAGAUGAACAGUCUUCAAAAGAGAAUUUUAUCCACCUCUGCAACCCUCACCUGGAGAAAAUGGAAGAAGACAUCCUGUACCAUUUUGCUCUUGGGACUGGUACCCAUGAUUUUCCUGCAUUGUUUGGAGAUGUAAAGUUUGUAUGUGUUGGAGGAAGUCCUUCGCGGAUGAAAGCUUUUAUCACCUACAUAGCUGAAGAGCUGGGACUUGGGAGCCCUGGUUAUGAGUAUCCUAACAUCUGUGCGGGAACUGACCGUUAUGCAAUGUACAAAGUGGGCCCUGUUUUAUCAGUCAGUCAUGGUAUGGGCAUUCCUUCUAUUUCCAUCAUGUUGCAUGAGCUGAUCAAACUGUUGCAUCAUGCAAAGUGUUCCAACGUAACCGUUAUUCGCAUUGGCACUUCUGGUGGAAUAGGUCUGGAGCCAGGCUCAGUGGUAAUAACUAGGCAGUCUGUAGAUGCCACCUUCAAACCUCAGUUUGAACAGGUUAUCCUGGGAAAGACUGUAAUUCGCAGUACAGAUCUAGAUGAACAGCUAGCUAAGGAGCUGAUGCAGUGCAGUAAAGAAAUCAAUCAAUUCAAUACAGUCAUUGGAAACACUAUGUGCACUUUGGAUUUCUAUGAAGGACAAGGCCGGUUAGAUGGUGCAAUCUGCUUAUACACUGAAGAAGAGAAACUGCGAUAUUUGAAGGAAGCUUUUGAUUCUGGAGUGCGAAACAUUGAGAUGGAAUCUUCUGUCUUUGCCGCAAUGUGUAAUCUCAGCGGUGUUAAAGCUGCUGUGGUGUGUGUCACUCUCCUGAAUCGGCUCAAAGGGGAUCAGAUUAGUAGCUCACAUGAUAUACUUGUGGAGUAUCAACAAAGACCACAGAGAUUAGUGGGUUAUUUCAUUAAGAAACGUCUUGGGAAAGUAUGAAAUACUCAUCUUUGUUUCAUAGAAGCAGAAGGCCAGUGCUUUUUCACAGCUGAAGUCAUGGUCACAACUUCUGUGCAAUAAAGGUCUUUUGCCUCAGAAUAGCUUACAACAUUCUAUGUGUAUGUCAAAGUUAAUCAUUUAUAUCAGUGUGCUUUGGCAGCAGUAGAUGUUGAACAGACUUGAAUUAAGAUUAGCUUAGUUUAUGUGUUACUGGGCUAUGAGUCUUUCACUUUUCUAUGAGCUGGAAAGUAGGUCUGCUGUGAGGGUCUAACUUACUGUAAUGUAUGAAAAAACUUUAUUUAUCCAUGCUGUUAAGGAAAAAGACUAGGGAAAAAAAUCAAGCUUUAUACAAAAUACUUGCAAACUCCCAAAUUAAAAUCAGCUUAAAAUAACUAAUUCCUUCCUCAUUGUUUAAAAAUAUAUAAAUUAUUGUAAUGACCUUUGCUUCCCUUCAUAAAGAAAACUUACAGGGAAUGCAGUUUAUUUUCUGCCAACUUUGACAAAUAAACAAUACUAUUUCCAAAUAUUAAAAUUUCAUGAAAUUCCAAAGUGUGGGACUGAAUUUCCUAAGCAUUAAGCACUUGACUCUGAGCUGUAGAAUAUCUGUAAUUCUCAGAUACUGAUCCAACACUGCCCGUUCAUACUCCUGUUAAGGAGGCGAUUGAGUCUAUGCCCAGGAAACUUACGCAUAUAAAUAAUGUUGCAUUGUAGAGUUUGAAAUCUCUUGCUGAAUCAAGAAGAAAAACCAAAGGCGCUCAGAGGUGGUGUAUGGCAUGUUCACAGGAUUGCAUAACGGCAGUUCAUUUUCUUCCUCUCACUUUAUUUCUUUUUAAAUUGGUUUCAUCUCUGUCUUCAGAACAUAACCCUUGCAGUGGUUCCCAGAAGUGGGGAACACCUAUUGACUGUAUAUGCCACCACACGCAUUUCUGCUAAUUUUUCCAUUACCAUUGGCCCUUUUUUUGUUGUUUUUAAUAUUCCUAGCUGCUUUGCUGCUGUGGUUAGAAUAUAAAUAUGUGGUCAGCUAAGGGAAAUGCAUUUAUCUCUCUUCUUCUGCAAUGGAUGGUCCAAUCCCACUGGGAGUGACAACUUAAAAGGGUUUGAAUAAUCUCUCAAAGCAGCUGUUGCUGAUCCAGCUAAUGCAUUGUGUGUGUGUGUGUGUGUGUGUGUUUUAGAUUAUCGUAGUUGGCAACACUCAGGUCAGUAUAACAUCUAAGUGGGAGUGAUGUAUUAGUAGGCCUGUUGACAAAGAAGUGGCAGAAACUCCAGAAGGAAUUAGGUGAAGAUGUUCAAAGUGGAAGGAAUGACUCCUGUGAAUGGGAAUCUACCAAAGGGUAUUAAUAUCCUAAAAUUUAUUGAUCUUUAGAUUGGGGAACAUAGUGGGGAUGGACAAUGGAAAAGAGAAAAAUUUUGUAUUUUUUUUAAUCCAAAUAUUUUGUUCUUGCUUUACUAAUUUAGUCUUUAAUAUAAAAAAACACAUUUUCUCAUUUUAUACUCAGAAUAUACAAUGAAUGUAAGGUUUUUUUCAGAGAAUGCAUUUUCUUUCCUCAAAGUUAAGGGAAGGAGUCAGGUGGGAAGGCCUCCAUGUUUUGUUUGAAUGCUUUCUCCUUAUACGUUUUUUAAAAAAAAAAAAAAAGAAAAACCUUUA